GGUUUGUGGUUGCUGCCUUGCUCUGUGGAGGGUUUGAAGGGGCUGUGAGUGCUGCUGUGUUAGGGUAGGUUUGCCCUGAGACGGAGCUGUCUCAGAUUUUGUCCUCUUCACUAUGAUGAGCGACAUCGUUAGCAGCUGGAAGCUGGAGCAGUUUGUGCUCCAGAAGUGUCUGCCCCCAAUUUGGUCUCCAGGGUCUUUCCAGGGCCCAGAUGCGUACCAGCAGCUGUGCCAGCAGUGGGAGGGCUGGUCGGAGGAGAACAAAAAGCCCAAACCCACUAACAAGUGUAAGAAGCGAGCGGCUUUGCAGGGUUUGCUGAUGGUAGGCAGGGAGUUGUCCAAAUUGCUGAAGGAGGCUCUUGAGAAUGUGCAGACCUUGGAGCAGGCCAAGGAGGAGCUCAAAGUGCAGGUGGACAACCUGCGGGCGGAGGUGCAGGGUUUGUGCGGGGACUCUCUGCGGAGCGCGGUGGAGAUUUCCCGGCUGGAAAGCAAGCUGGGCCAUGAGAAGAUGAAAACAGAGGAGCUGAAGAAGGAGGUUGGCAAGUGGAUCGGGGAGACCCACGAUGCGCAGAGCGCGGUGCGGGCAGUCCUGCAGGACGUCCAGCGCGACCGGGGCACUGGCCCCGAUCACAAGGUAUGCCAUGCCAAGAUCCAGGAGCUGGAGGCAGAGCUGGGGGUGUCCAGGGGCAUUGUGGCUGCCAUUAAAGGCAAGAGGACCCCGAUUGGGAAUGGGGAGGGGGAGGACUCCCUGGACCUGCACCCACCCCACUAUGAUUACGAGGAUGAUGUGUGGGGUGCUAACGGCCCCACCAGGCCGUCCCCCUAUGCUCCUCUGCGGGAGGAGGUGUGCCAGCUGCAAGCAGGGGAGGUAGAGGCUUCCAAAGACAAAAAGGUCCCCCAUGAUGAGCCAGUCAACCAUGUCCCACUCCAGCCCAUAGACUCCAACAGGGCUGUGCUCUGGUUUACCCCUGAGCAGCUUAAGACAGUGGGGAAGAUGCUGGGGCCCCUGACAAAGGAGACAGCGAUUAACUGGCUGUCCAGGGUGCAGCGUCUGCCCAAGUGCCAGAGUGGCAACUUUGUGAGUGACCUGAUAGACAUUGUGAGAAAGUGCAUGAAGCCAGAUGAUUUUGCAGCCCUGCCAGGUGAUGUGCAGAUGGGCAAUGUUCAGGACAUUGGGGACGUCCAGCUGGCUGUGCUGAAGGUGUUCUUCCCAGAGGUCAACCCCUUAGUGCUUUUCCACCAGGAGAAGCAAAACCCUGAGGAGAGGCCUGAUGCCUAUGUUAACCGUAAAAAGAUGCUCUACCAGAUGGCUGGGCUGCCAGGCUCAAAGGACUCUCCCCUCAAUUUUGACAGGCCUGAAUUCAAAGAGCCACUGGUGGUGGGGCUGACACCCCCACUGCGGGUGAUUGCUGGUGGGGAUGCAGCCAAAAAGCCUCUGUCAGAGCUGGAGCAAAUCCUGAACCAGAAUUUUGAGCUGCAAAAGCAGGCAUUCCCAGGGUACAUGUUGGGGGGAAAGAAAGGGAAACCCUUGGCCAUGUCUUUCCAAAAUCAAGGGAUGAGAAAAAUGCAAGGGGACAACCGAAAAGAUCUUGAUGGCAAGGGGGGGUUGGGGAAGGAGAACCAGCAAGGGCUGAGGUUUCAGAAGUCUAACCCUUGGCGGGCUGAGCUGAGGAAGCGCUUGAUAAAAUAUGAGAAACAGGAGGACAUUGAUGGCUUGCCAGAUGCUGAGCUCUUCCAAAAACUGGCCCUGCACGAGGCCAAAAAGCACAGCAGCUCCCCCCCAAUUGACCCGGGGUCUAAGGUUCAGCAAUAGGGCUGCCAGGC